AUGGGAAAUCUUCUGUCUUGUGCUAAUAUACAAUUAAAGCCUCGAAUAAACGAACCUAUCGAAGAUUAUACUAAAAAUCAUCAUAAAUGUCGUAACUGUGGUGAAAAAUGUGAUCCAUCAAGUCCUUCGAAUGGAUGUGUUAAUGCAAAAUAUACACGUACAGGUACAAGAGAUCAACCAGCAGUAAUCCGGCCAGUUGUACCAAACGAUAAAGUAUCAUGGUCAUCACAAUUUAAUUAUCAACCUAUUGAAUUUACAUCACCAAAAGUCCUACAAUCAACUAAGGAAUAUGUUGAUCGUGAUCCGCGACAAAAUCCAAACGUUGUAAUACCAUGGAAUUUAGAUGAUCGACUAUGUGAUCGACGAUCAUAUCAUGGAGAUUAUAAGAUUGUCAAAGGUGUACCACAAAAUCCAUGUGGACGAACAGGACUUACUGGACGAGGACAUCUUGGUCAUUUUGGACCAAACCAUGCAGCUGAUCCUAUUGUAACACGAUGGAAACGUGAUGAAAAUGGUGCUAAAAUUCUUAAUUCAAAUAGUCAAAAACCAAUUUUACAAUUUGUUUGUAUACGUCGACGAGAUACAAAUGAAUUUGCUAUACCAGGUGGUAUGGUCGAGAAAAAAGAAAGAGCAACGGAAACCUUACGACGUGAAUUUCAUGAAGAAGCACUUAAUUUUCCUAAUUUAGAAGAAUGUAAUAAAGAUGAAUUAUUAACAACAAUAAAAGACAUCUUUGAAAAUGGUGGAACAAAAAUUUAUUGUGGUUAUGUUGAUGAUCCAAGAAAUACAGACAAUGGUUGGAUGGAAACAACAGUAUACAAUUUUCAUGAUGAAGACGUUAAACAUCUUGCAUUAAUACAUCUUCAAGCUGGUGAUGAUGCAAAAGAUGCUUUUUGGGAAGAUCUUGAUUCCAAACUACCAUUAUUUGCAAGUCAUGCAGAUUUUAUUAAACGUGUUGCUAUGUUACACAAGGCACAUUGGUAA